AACAUACAUGUUUGAUUUCAAGUUAUUAUGAAAAUAAAUCUGUUUGCGGCUGCAGAUUUUUAAAAAUGGCGGUUGAAAAAAAACACUGCGAGUCGUCGACCAAUCAGACAUUUUCAACGCUUGCGCCCCACCCCAAAAGUUCCAGUACUUUUGGAAAGUACUACCCCCCGAUUUAAUUUUUUACGAGUAGGCCUACGAUUUCAUUUUUUACGAUUACGAUUCUGUUUUUCUCGCGCUUGGAGUUUUGUCACGAUUUUGACGUGAAGGCGGGGUUAAGGGAAGGGGGCGACUUUAUUGGUCACUCGGACAAAUUCGUCAUUUGUAUGCACCGUAUUUACUUCCCCAAGGCAUGCACAUCAUCAUUUACUAGGGAAGUCAAGUCAAAUUUAUUUAGAAAGAACAUGGCCGAUUGCUGAUGGAUGGAUUGCUGCUUAAGUUACUAAAGUUAACUAUUUAGCUCAGUCAUAUAUCCAGCUGUUCACAGUGUCUAGUCAAGCGGAUACCGAAGGAGUUUCUGUAAACAGCUAGCUCUAGCCUAUCAUACCUUUAUCUUCAUUAUUAGGUAGGUAGCUAGCUUAGCUAACGUUAGCUGUGGCUGUUAGCUAACCCUUUCGUUUACAAUUCAGAAAAAUGCGUUUGAUUUUAUUUAUUUAUUUUUUUGAACACGAGAAACAUUUCCACAUCUACGCCUACAAUUUUUUUUUUACGCGUGCAAUUUUUUUCCUACACGGACAAUACUUUUGGCACUAAAUUGACUCCAUACAUGACAGUCCAGUGCGUAUCUUCAGUCUGACUCUAAAUCUGCAUGUCAAACAGCUCCCUUUUCAAUCAAUCACUUAUGUCUACAUCAAACUUUAAGGCAUUUAUCUCCCUACAUUGGAAGUCUAAUCAUCGUUUGUGGUGUGCAACUCGGAUGAAGUGGGGGACUUUUACAGGUGCUGAAUCAGCCAGCUGGGGUUGCAGCGUCUGUCCCCCUGCGGGGCUAACCCUAACCCUAACCCUAACCACAAUCGCCACUGGCAUGCCCGAAUAUGAGCUAUGAGCAUUGGGUUGUUGCAGAGGUUCCAUCUUAUAAAGCAAUCACCAUUUUGGCAUCUAACUUUGUAAUGAGGGCCUAGAUUUUUGUUUCUCAUAUCAGAUUUAUAUAAGUUUUUUUUGCAGUCUUUACAAGUGACUUUAAGCCUUCUGGCACUGGUACAGGAAGGAUGAUGUGGAGCAGAGAUUGCGAAAAUCAGGAGAGGGAGGAGCCGCUGUCUCAAGCCUGAUUCACCUGUCUGGGCAGUACUGACAUUUGUGUGUGUGGGCAUGUGUGUGUGUGUGUGUGUGUGACUCAGGAACAGAAAUACAAGGAAAGAAAGACACACCUCCGCUCUCUCAGUGAGAUAAAGAGGGAUGGCAGGAAGAGAGAGCACACUAAGUCCAGAAAGAGGAAAUAACCAGAACAGGAAGACAGAGAGACAGGUGAUCAGCCAGCACUCCGCACCACAAAUGAUGGCCGUAAACCACACCUUCUUCUCCUCCUCCCUCUCUCCCUCUUUCUCCUCCCACUCCACCUCUGCUGCCUCUCUGCAUGCCACCCACCCCACCUCCAUCCCCCUCCUCUUCAACUCCACCGGCAGCCAGCCCCCAGAGGACAGGAGCGUAGUGAGCAAUGACACAUCUGCCCUGGUGGGGGCGCUCAUCCUCAGCCUGGUCUUCCUCCUGGGUUUGCCUGGGAACAUCUUCAUCAUCUGGAGCAUCCUGGCACGCGCACGCAAGCGCUCCAUUACCACUCUCCUCAUCCUCAACCUGGCCUGUGCUGACGGCUUCCUUGUGGCCCUCACUGUCUUCUUUGUGGUGUACCUGGUCAAGCAGAGCUGGGUGUUUGGGAACAUCAUGUGCAAGGUGCUGUUCUUCCUGUGCUGCUCCAACAUGUACGCCUCCAUCCUGCUCAUCAUGCUCCUGAGUCUGCACCGGCUGGUUGUUGUGGUGAAGCCGCGGUGUGGACGCGCCCUGGCUGACCGCAGGACUGUACUGCACCUGCUGGUGGUGCUGUGGCCGCUGGUGCUGCUCCUGUCCCUGCCAGCCCUGCUGUUCCGGGAGGAGAGGAUGGACGCUGGUGACAAGGAGAAACCCCGCCUGGUGUGUGUACCCAAUCACAGCCCGCCACGACAUCUGAUUGGCCAGUACACCACAGAGACGGUGAUGGGCUUUGUGAUCCCGUACGGCGUGAUCAUCUGCAGCUACGUGUGCAUCCUGCGCCGCAUCCAACAAACACGCUUCCACCGCAGAAUCCGCAGCGAGAAGCUCAUCCUCGCCAUCAUCACCACCUUCGGCCUGUUCUGGCUACCUUAUCACGUCAACAACAUGGUGCAGGUUGUAGCGCAAAUCUUUCCGAUCUCCUCACCCCUCAGGUCAAGGUUGGACAAUAUUGGGAAGUCCUGCCGGGCAGUGACCUCUGCGCUAGCCUUCAUUAGCAGCAGUGCAAACCCGGUGCUCUACGCCUUCGCGGGGAAGGCCUACAUGCAGCAGGAGGGCCUCAGCUUCAUGGCCCGGCUGUUUGAGCUGAUGGCGGUGGACCCCGGCACCAGGAAGGUCCGUAAGGCCAGCCGAGACCAGGCAGCUCUCGGGCUCAAAGACAGAGAGACAGAUUCCUCAAGAAGCCCCGCCCCCAGCUCCGCCCUCAGCCCCACCACUCUCCCUGCACUUGGCUCCAUCCCCACAACCAGCUCCCUGCUGUCUGACAGCAGGCAGAAUGGGACAUAAUGACGCUCCUCCCUCUCCCUCAAUCUCACUUUCCCUCAAUCCCUCCAAUGCUGCAGGUUGUGAUUUGUUUUGGGAGGUGUGCAGCACACAUCUGAGGGUAUAUGGACUGCAAGGUCUCCCAACCAUUUCACAAGUGGGGGGUCCAAACACAAAAGAACUGGAAGGUGAACAGGUGGUACUGUCAGGCAGGGGAUGGGCAUGGAGCUGGACCUGUGCCAACCGUGUCUGCAGGAGGUGCUCAGCCGAAUAGACCCAGCAGAAUAAGUCUGUCUCAGCAUAACUAGAGGAGCAAAGGUAACGGGCCAACAGUCAUGGGUGCAACCCUAAGACCAACCGAGACCACCAGACCAUGGUUUACCCUAACCCACCUUAACACAGAAACAUCAUGCUGACUGAUCCACCUUAACACAGAAACACCAUGCUGACUGAUCCACCUUAACACAGAAACACCAUGCUGACUGACUCACCUUAACACAGAGACACCAUGCUGACUGACGCACCUUAACACAGAGACUCAGAGAUUACUGGCAAAGCAAUUGAUUCACCUCAGUCUUCAAUUUGAUCAGCCAAAAAUUUUGCUACCUCUUUUUAUGUAAUUUUUUGCACUACAGCACAGUGAACAUUUUUAUUUUGCAUGGCAUGCAUAGCUCUUUCUUACAUAAUGUGGCUUAAGAGGGAAACAGUCCCUCUAAACAUGAAAAGCACUUAAUUAAUAAAAAUGAACAGCUUGUUAAAAUUCUGGGAUUGCACAGUCCAGCUGAGCUAUGGUACUGAGCUCCAAAGGAUCCCCUGGAAUAAAGGAGGGAGUGAGCUGCCAGUCUUCCGGAACAUUCCGCAUCCCGCUGUUCAGAGGACGGGACGACUGACCCUACAGCCGGGGCUGUAGGACAACUGAAAUCUUGUCCCUGAUUUUUGUAACUUUGCCAUCAAAACAUUCAUAGAAUCAUUACUGCUAAAUGUUACAGGAACAUAAUGAUAAAUUAAUAAAUGCAGAAUAAAUAAGCAAACCUGUGGACUA